GGUUGGCGGUUUCGUUGAUAUGGCGUACCAUAACGUACUUCAAUAUUUGUUCAAGGUUCUUAACUUCCGUUUACAUACACAUCUUUACAUACACAUCAUAUCUCCACAUGAUCUGUUAAUCUACAAAUGAGAAGGCAUCGUCACAGACAUACUCUUUAAUACUAGUUACACAUCAUGGAAAACUUCAAGCUUGGUUUCUUCACACUAUUCGAUUACUUGCAAAACACCUCUGUAUCUACCAAUAGUUCGGAGUAUAGGUAUACAUCUAUAUAUACAUACAUGUAGGUAAAAUCUGACACGAUGGAUCAUAAGUAUCGUUUUCGAGCCUGCCAGAAAGGGAGAAACGAUGGGGUUACCAAACAAUGCUGGUAGGAAUUCAACUUAAGCUCACUCAUAAAUCCUCUCAUCAUGCGAAUGUCGGACUGUACCAAACCAGCCAGCUUGAUUAUCAUUCAAGCCACUUUCCAGGGUGACUCGCGUAAGGCCUUACUCAACUGAAUCAUCCAUUUCGAUCUUAGUCAAGCUUGAAAGUUCCUGGCCCACGGAUGCGAGUAGAGCAGCGGAGGAAAUAAAAGCUGCCGGCAUCAACCGAUAUGGGCAACAAUACUGCUAAGUAUCUAGGCUUGGAGAAAGCGCCCAUCACGAAAGAGCAUAGUUCCGAGAAAAUCAUAAGCUUAGUAAGUACCUAUAUACUUUUAUAUCAGUUCAGUGAAAUCUACGAUAUUACACAGCAUCUGACCGGGCCAGAUUGAUAACGCCAGCCGCGAUAACUUCUCUGGAAAAGAAAUCCCGUGGUAAUAAGAGAGUUUACAAUAUGGAAAAUUAGCAUCAGACUUGUCGAUGAUCACGUUAGUUUUCUAUGACGGGAACCUAGGUACCUACCUAUCAUGAGAAGACUUAUUCUAGCUUCAGACUGAACAUCGGGUACUGAUCAUACUGGUGCCAAAUUACUGCGCCUGAGUACUGUUGAGGAGUCAUGAAUUAUCUUGUUUUCAAUUGUCAGGCCUUGAGUACCCAAGGAACGAAUACUGAGGAGUUGUUGGUGAGUGGCGAAUGCAAGCGGGAUUGGGUUUCCUAUCGUUGGGACUGCGUGCGCCGACGACCGUCGUAUGUAUGGUGAAUCAAUCUAAGGAUGAAUAUCUAUGAUACCACUUUCAUGACGGAUUCACGAGUACCAGGUAUAGGCGGGGUUCGUUCUACAAUAUCGCGGUGUAAGUGGUCUGAUAUAUUUUGAACUUUCCCAAGCGGCCACGUAGAUUUGCGAGAAUCGCUAACCCAGAACCGAAAAAGAAUACGGCAUAUCAGAAAUCAAUACAGCCUAGUAGUCAAAUUAGUAGAUAUGAAACAAUUCUUGUAGUCGAUUUGAAGCCACACAGGAGGUUGAAAACAGCAACUAUUAGGUUCACUUAUGAACUAACUACAUAUGUAGAUGCUAACCC